GAAAACCGGAAGUUUCAGUGCCCGGAGCGGCCAUAUUGGAAGCGGGGGAGGAAAUAGUAGGAGAAAGAGGAGAGAGAAUCGCUCUGACCCCGGGCUGAGAGAUGAGCAGCAACAGUAAUAAGAGAGCACCAACCACUGCGACACAAAGGCUAAAGCAGGACUAUCUGAGGAUCAAAAAAGACCCAGUGCCUUACAUCUGCGCUGAACCUCUCCCUUCAAAUAUUUUGGAAUGGCAUUAUGUGGUCCAUGGACCUGAGAUGACACCUUAUGAAGGCGGUUACUAUCAUGGAAAGCUAAUAUUCCCCAGAGAAUUCCCAUUCAAGCCUCCCAGUAUUUAUAUGAUUACUCCUAAUGGACGGUUUAAAUGUAACACACGACUCUGCCUUUCAAUCACAGACUUCCAUCCAGACACUUGGAAUCCUGCAUGGUCCGUAUCCACAAUCCUCACAGGGCUCCUCAGCUUCAUGGUGGAGAAAGGACCCACACUGGGCAGCAUAGAGACCUCAGACUUUACAAAGCGGCAACUUGCAGCACAAAGUUUAGCAUAUAACUUAAAGGAUAAAGUUUUCUGUGAGCUUUUUCCAGAGGUAGUAGAGGAAAUCAAGCAGAAACAACGAGCGCAAGAAGAGUUAAACAACCGGCCACAAACACUUCCUUUGCCUGACGUAGUGCCAGACACAGAAGCUCACAUUGGUCAAAAUGGUGCCGCAAUUUUGAAUGGUCAUGUCCCCCUGGCAGCAGCAAAUCACCCGGGUCUACAACAGCCAAACCGUAAUCAUGGACUUUUGGGGGGCGCUUUGGCCAAUGUCUUUGUCAUAGUGGGAUUUGCUGCCUUUGCCUACACAGUGAAGUAUGUACUGAGAAGCAUAGCCCAGGAAUGAUGGGCUUGCCAAGUAUGCCUAUACAAAUCGGAGACCAAACUAGCGCUUGGCGGAGAAAGCAAAGGGGACUUCUAGGAGGAGUUGGACUUGCUCGGCACCAGGCUCGGGUUACUACUAUUUGUGCUACAGUUGUGCAAAGUGAUAUAUCGUUGGCUCAUGGGUUUAUUAUUAUAAUUUUUUAGAACAUGAGAUGAGUUGUUGUGUGUUUUCCAUGGCAGCAAACACAAUUGGAGAACCUGUACUCCGUUGACUACAGUCUGGCACUUUUACCAUCCAAUUUAGUUCAUGAAAUUGGUGACCUCGAACGUAAGAUCUCUUUGGGCCAGGAAGGAAGUCCUGUCUUCUUGACAAUGUGACUAUGGCUACAGUCCACUGCUCGGCCCCUUCAUUUUACAGGUUCCGAAGAAUUGUCCCUUGGAUGGCAGUGAUUCAUUUCCAACGUCUAAUGUCCACGUCUCUAUUUUCAUGGCUUCACUUCUUCUUCUUUUUUUUUUUUUUUUUUUAAAUGUGCCUGUAUGUUUUAGGAAUGACAAUGAGGUGUAUUUUAUGAUGAUCUCUCAAAUGAUUAUAUCAGUUAAUUUAUAUCCUAAUAAAUAUGGGCAAUGACCUUUUAUUAGAUCAGACUGACCAUCCCACAACAACUGCUGCGUCUAUGAACACUAGCCUUCCGGGAGUGAUCAAAUGGGAUGAUUUCUUAGAACCUCCUUAGAAACCAGAUAUAAUGGCUCAGAAAUCCCAGGCACUUUUGGGAGACCUAUUCCAAGAAAAAAAAAACAUUUUGUCCC